AUGUCCAACGACGUACCAUCAGCAGCUGCGGGCGCAUCUGCAUCCGCUCAAGCAGAUGCUUUCGCCAACGACGACCGCAUUCACUUUUCCAGAGAGACAGGAACAUGGAGGCUAGAGAAUGAAGAUGGUUCUGAGCUCGAGUUUGAUUCCGCCAAGGGUGUAUGGGUUCCGGUGCUUGAUGAGGAAUUGAUCAAAAAGCAACAAGCUGCAUAUUCAAUCGCUGGCGUGGAUGAAGAGACACCAGCCGCGCCCGUGCUCAAGCGCGCAAAUAAGAAGAGGAAGGAACCCGAUAACUACACGUCAUAUACGCCUCCAACAGAGCCUUCUGCGAAGCGUGGCAAGAACGACAAGCCAGCCAAAUCCAAAAAUACGGCAGUCUACGUCACUGGGCUUCCUGCAGACACUGAAGUGGACGAAAUCGUUGAGCGCUUUUCUAAGUUCGGAGUUAUUGAGGAAGAUGAUGAAGGCGAAUCCAAAGUGAAACUGUACGCACGCGAGGACGGGUCAUUCAGUGGAGAAGCAUUGGUGGUUUAUUUCAAAGAAGAAUCAGUGACUUUGGCAGUCAACCUCCUGGAUGACUCGGAACUCCGGAUAGGCGACACAUCAACAGUCAUGAGAGUGCAGAAGGCGGAAUUUCGUCACAAGCAUUCAGGCGGGACAGGGGAGGAAGUGAAAUUGCGGAAGACAGUGGAUAAGAAGAAGAUAACCAGAAGGAUCGGCAAGAUGCAGAAAAAAAUUGAGGAAUGGGAUGACGAAGAUGGCUUUGGCCCCGCUAAGAAUGAGGAAGACGAAAAGAAAGUAGUCAACAGGAACUGCCGUGUAGUGGUUCUCAAGCACAUGUUCACUCUCCAAGAACUCGACGAAGACGCGUCUCUGCUACUUGAUCUUAAGGAUGACGUGCGUGUUGAAUGUUCAUCACUAGGAGAAGUCACAAAUGUCGUUCUAUAUGACAAAGAGGCUGACGGGGUGAUGACAGUCAAGUUCAAAGACUCCCUGAGUGCUCAGGCCUGUGUCAUUAAAAUGAACAACAGGUUCUUCGCUGGAAGACGAAUUGAGGCGUUUUUGUAUUCAGGCAAACAGCGCUUCAAACGCAGCGGAGCGGGCGACGAUUUGGAUGGAGAUGACGACGAAGCAGAAAAGCAGCGGCUGGAUGACUUCGCAUCGUGGCUCAUGACUGAGGGCGACUAA